AAACUCAUUUGUUCACGUUGUCGAAAUUCAUUGACUAAAAAAAUUAUUUUUUUAUUCAUCUUCUUCCUACUUCCUUCCAAUUGAAGGAAUUUUUUUAUCCUUGUCAAUGAACAUGGGCUAAUUCACAAUUGCAUAAUUAAUCAUAACUCAUAAAAAGCCUAAGUACAGGUCCAACUACAGCUGCUAACGCCCCGCAGCUCCACCACCAACUCCAACAUCAAAAAGACAAACCCUGUGAGAUUCCUCUCUCUCUCUAUCCCUCCUCCGAUCUUCCAAAGCCAUAUCUCUCUCUCUCUCUCUCUCUAUCUAUCUCUAAUUCGCUGGGUAUCCAAUCCUGGUUUCCUUCCAUUCUCAAUGACACAGUUGACAGAUACUUCAAAAAUCAAAACGUGAUCAGUCUCUAAAACUGCUACAGUUUACUCUUGCAUGGUUGCAGCAGGUGAGUGUCAAUGAUCCUCUUCCUCUUGAUCCCUUUAUACUACACAGCAUGGAGCUUGUUUUGAUUCUCUUUUUGCUGCAACAUGUGUGGAUACUUGUCGUUUCUGCUUUGAACUCAGAUGGGUUAACUUUGUUGUCACUCAUGAGGCACUGGACAUCUGUGCCUCCUUCCAUAAACUUGGGAUGGAAUGCUUCUGAUUCUAACCCUUGUUCAUGGGCAGGCAUAGGAUGUACUAACAAAACCAACAAUGUCAUAUCUUUAAAUCUUUCUGGUUAUGCUGUUUCUGGUCAAUUGGGGUCAGAGAUUGCUCGUUUGGCCCAUUUGCAGACCCUUAAUUUGGGCAAUAACAACUUCUCAGGUGUGAUUCCAUCAGAACUGAGCAACUGUACUUUACUGGAAAAAUUAGAUCUUUCUGAAAAUCAUUUUACUAGAGAAAUUCCACAUAGCUUAAAAAAUCUUCAGAAUUUGAAGGUGUUGAGUCUUUACAGCAAUUGGCUGAGCGGAGAAAUCCCUGACUGGUUGUUUCAAUUUCCACAUUUAGAGACAAUAUACUUGGACCUUAACAGGUUCACUGGUUCAAUUCCUAGCAACAUUGGGAACGGUACUAAUGUUUCUAAGCUGUGGCUAAAUAAAAAUCUGUUAUCAGGUACAAUACCUGAUUCUAUAGGAAACUGUAGUAAAUUGGAACAACUUGAUUUGAGUGAGAACAAAUUGGUGGGUUUUUUGCCUCAGUCUCUAAAUUUUCUUGAGAACCUCGUCAGCUUGGAUGUUAACAGUAACAGUCUUGAAGGUAAUAUUCUUCUGGGUUUGGGCAAUUGGAAGAAUUUAGAAUCGCUUGUUUUGUCAUACAAUAGCUUUAGUGGGGGUCUUCCACCGGAUCUGAGCAACUGUAGUCGCUUAGAAACUUUGGCCAUUGUGGAUAGCAACUUAACAGGCCAUAUCCCUUCUUCCUAUGGCUUGUUAGAUAAGCUUUUAUAUCUUUACCUUUCUGAAAAUCGUUUGUCUGGGAGAAUUCCACCUGAACUUGGGAACUGCAAGUCGUUGAAAGAAUUAAUGUUAUACAAAAACCAACUUGAGGGGGAAAUUCCAAGUGAAUUGGGAAUGCUGAGUGAACUGGAGAGCCUUGAAUUGUUUGAGAAUCACUUGACUGGUGAGGUUCCAAUUAGCAUCUGGAAAAUUCAAAGUCUUCGAAAUGUUACUUUGUAUGACAACAAUCUUUCAGGUGAAUUACCUCUUGAGUUGACGCAUCUCAAGCAUCUGGAAUUUCUGUUCCUGUUUAAGAACAAUUUCUCUGGAGUCAUACCUCAAAGUUUAGGAGUUAACAGCAGCUUAGAGAAGCUGGAUUUGAUGUAUAAUCAGUUCACUGGUCCAAUUCCACCAAAUCUCUGCUUUGGACGGCGUUUGACAGUCCUGAAUUUAGGUAAUAACCAACUUCAGGGUAGCAUACCGUCUGAUGUGGGAAAAUGUCGAACUCUCCAGAGAAUGAAACUUGAACACAAUAAUCUUUCAGGGGUUCUGCCAGAAUUUCUGCACAAUCCUGACCUUGAACAUUUAAACAUCGCCUGGAACAACAUUAGUGGGAAAAUUCCUUCAAGCCUGGGGAACUGCACCAAUCUCAAUUUCAUUGACUUGUCCAUGAAUAAGGUUGGAGGUUUUAUACCUCCAGAGCUUGGUAACCUUGUAAAUCUUAGAGAACUGUUCCUAGCACACAAUCAUUUGCAAGGUUGUUUGCCUCCUCGGCUAUCAACCUGGAAGAAAUUAGACAAAUUUAAUGUUGGGUUCAAUUCAUUGAACUGUGCACUUCCAUCAAGCUUGGGGAACAUGACCAGUUUAUCCACAUUAAUUUUAGAAGAAAAUCAGUUUACUGGGGGCAUUCCACCAUUUUUGUCAGAACUUAAAAGGCUUAGUCUUUUGAGAAUGGGUGGAAACUUGCUAGGAGGAGAGAUUCCCUCUUGGAUUGGAACUCUGAAGAAUCUCCAAUAUGGUUUAGAUCUCAGAAGUAAUGGAUUAAUUGGUCAAAUUCCUGGGAGUCUAGGGGAUUUGAGAAUGCUGGUAACUCUCGAUAUCUCCAGCAACAAUCUUACAGGAAAUUUGGAAGUUCUUAAUAGAAUGGAGGCAUUAACAGAGAUUAAUAUUUCAUACAACGGCUUCACAGGUCCAAUACCAGAAAAACUGAUGAAACUUUUGAAUGAUUCUUCAUCAUCAUUCCUGAGCAAUCCUGGCCUUUGCAUCAAUUGUCCUCCGUCUGAUGGCUUGAAUUGUGUUAGAAACAGCGGUUUCAGAGCUUGUGCCCGUAGUUUCAACAGUCAUAAAAGCCUCAGCAAAACUGAAAUCAUAAUGAUUGCCCUUGGAUCAUCAUUAGGUGUCCUUCUGCUUCUGGGAUUAGCUUGUGUGUAUCUACUUUGCAGAAUGAGAAAGCAGCAUGAAGUAGGAAGGAAGUCCAUGGAAGAUGAAGACCCCCUAUUCAUGCAAAUAAUGGAGGCUACUGAGAAUCUAAAUGACAAGUAUAUUGUUGGGAAGGGAGCUCAUGGAGAAGUUUUUAAGGCUGCUUUAGGUCCAACAAAUGUUUAUGCAGUUAAGAAGCUUAAAUUUUCAGACCACAGAGAUGGAAGUCACAGCAUGGUCAGAGAAAUUCAAAUAAUUGAGAACAUAAGACAUCGGAAUCUGGUAAAAGUUGAAGACUUUUGGUUUAAAAAAGAUUAUGGAUUGAUCUUAUACAGAUACAUGGAAAAUGGGAAUCUUCAUGAUGUUCUCUAUGCAACUGAUCCACCACGAAAUCUUGAAUGGAGUGUUCGCUAUAAGAUAGCAGUUGGAACAGCUCAUGGAUUGGCAUAUCUGCACUAUGAUUGUGAUCCCCCCGUGCUGCACAGAGACAUCAAACCACAGAACAUACUCUUGGACUGCGAGAUGGAGCCUCGCAUCUCUGACUUUGGCAUUGCCAAGCUUCUUGAUCGCUCAUCUGCUUCAGGAACAUCCAUGUCAAUAUCUGGCACACUUGGAUACAUUGCACCAGAAAAUGCAUAUAUGACAGCAAGGGGCAUGGAAUCUGAUGUGUAUAGUUAUGGGGUGGUUUUGCUUGAAUUAAUAACCAGAAGGAAGCCAUCAGAUUCAUCAUUCAUGGAGGAGAUAGACUUUGUUGGAUGGGUUAGGUCCACUUGGAGUAAGACACAAGAUAUCAAUGCAGUUGUUGAUUCAAGCCUGAUGGAGGAUACUUUGGAUUCAAAUAUUGCAGAGCAGAUAAGUGGUGUGCUUUUAAUUGCAUUGAGAUGUACUGAGAAGGAACCAAGCAGCAGACCCACAAUGAGAGAUGUUGUCAAGCAACUGCUAGAUGUGAAUCCUCCUCAGAGGAGCAAAUGCAACAAGGUUUAGCUUUAAUUGCACUGCUGGAUCAAAUUGUCAAUCUCUUUUUUUUUUUUUCUCACCAUUUUUUAUAUGAUAUCCUCUAAUGUUUCGUUGUAUAUAUAAGUAUUCAUCUAAAUUUGUAAUAAUUAGAAAGUGCAUCUGUCGUAUUUAUAAUGAUUAAUUGUAAUGGUUGAUUAUUGCAUUUUAUA